AUGCAGUGUGACGGUUUGUCUUCAAAUAACAAACUUAGAGGCAGACAAGCAAAGCUAUUGGCGAGUAAUAUAGAACUGCAGGAAUCAAGAAGUAUAGAAAAAUUGGAACUAAUAAGAUGGCCAACGAAGCGAAAACAACUUGAAUGGAGGUACACGCCCCAUGACUUGCCGGAUUAUGACGAGCCAAACAUUUCUGAACUUUCAUCGAUUGUCAACAUAUCCGCCAUAUCACCAUCAGUAAACAUUGCUCUCACGCCUUCGACGAAGCGGCAAAAGUCGAUUCCGCAUCACAAGACGUAUUCUUACGACAUAGAUGCUGAAAAUACUGAUAGAGCUCUGGCUGUUGAGAUUAGAACACUCAUAGAUCGCAUUCAAUUCGACAGCAAAUCUCGUUUAACAGAGAAAGGAUAUCUGGAGAUAUUUAUUGAAGAUCAGUUAGGGGAAAUGUUGGAUGUCCUAGGGCUGCUGUUUAAACAUGCUUCAACGCUGCGGUCUGUCGAGCGAAACCAUCUACCAUCUAUUUCAAUGUCACAAAUGCCAUCUCAAAAUCUUUCAGAUGACGAUGAACAGACGAGACAAUUUUUGCAUAAUAAUACAGAGCAAGUAGCCCGGCCAUCUGGUUCACAACCAUCUAACAAAGCAAGUAGUAAAAUCUAUGAUGAAGUAGUCAUUACGUGGGAACAUGUUUUAUAUGCUGCUCAAGCCAUAGGACUGCCAGACAAUGUGAUAGAGGCUACUUAUGAGAAAAUAGCACCGAAAUUUGAUCCGGAAAGGAACUUUCUAGGUGAGCUGAAGUAUUAA